ACAGUCUGGAUCACAAAUCUGCAAGAGAGACUCUGUGAGUUCAGCACAAAGCGUGAGAGAGAGGCAGACAUCUGCACAUCAUCUGCUCCAAGAGUAUAAGUAAGCUCACGCGCAGCACGGCAGCCUCAGAGGACCAUGGCAUUUGCAGGGAUGCUGAGCGACGAAGACAUCAAGACUGCAGUCCAGGCUUGUCAAGCUCCGGGCGAGUUCGACUUCAAGCUGUUCUUCUCACAAGUGGGACUGGCGGGCUCGUCUGAGGAGGACAGGCAAAAAGUGUUUACAGUCCUGGACCAGGACAAGAGCGGAUACAUCGAGGAAGAGGAGUUAAAAUUGUUCCUUCAGAACUUCUGCUCCGAGGCCAGGGAGCUGACUGUGGCUGAAACUAAAGCUCUGAUGGCUGCAGGGGACAAAGACGGGGAUGGUAAAAUCGGGAUGGAAGAGUUCUGUGAUCUCCUAAAUUAAAAACAUUAAACACAAAAGACCACAGCUGUGUCUUUUUCAUUUUUCUUUUAUUUGUUUUUGAACAGGGAGUUAAUUCAUACAGAAUUUGACUUUCCAGUUAGGUUGAUGAAUAAAAACGAGCCCGUAUAUUACCUGCCUGCUUCUCUGCCCUUUUUAUGAUGAAGAUGAUGGAUUGCCAAAUGGCCAAAACUGCAUCCAGAAUAUGUACCUACUUAUGAAAUGUGUCUCAAUAAAUUUACUUAAGUUGUAA